GAUGGUAAUAGAAUAAACAAUGAUGGUAGGAAAUUAUAUUUUUCCUAUUCUUUCUUUAACCUUAAAGGUGGCCAUAGGAGCCCCCCAAGCUCCCAUGCGCCAAGUGUCGGUCUCUGGUCACUCCUCAGGCCUGCAUGCAUCAAUAUAAGUACUCUGUCUCUGCAAAUAUUGGUUUUAACUUGCUCAAUUAUUUCCAAUGGCUCUCAAAUUUGAUCCACCAUUUGAAAACCAAUACAGAAAACUUCUCUCUGAUUCUGCUCUAUCCUGCAGCUCUGAAACUACAGGGGAAUGCGAGCUACCAAUGAUAGAUUUAAGCAAUCUCUGGAGUGAAGAUGAAGACAGGAGAAUUAACUGUGCUAAAGAGAUUGCGAAGGCCUCAACUGAGUGGGGAUUUUUCCAAGUGUCGAACCACGGAGUUAGUAUGAAAGUGUUGGCAGAGAUGAGGAGAGAACAGAAGAGAUUGUUUCGGCUGCCAUUUGAGAAGAAAUCUAGUUCCGGGAUCUUGAACGGAUCUUAUAGAUGGGGGACUCCGACCGCAGCUUCGUUGAAGCAUUUCUCAUGGUCUGAAGCUUUUCACGUCCCUCUUGCUAAGUUAGCUGAAGAGGAUUGCUGCAAUGAAGAAUUCAAUUCUCUCAGGGAGGUGAUGGAGGAGCUGGCAAGCUCCAUGUCUGAUCUUGCUCGAACUCUGGCGGGUGUACUAGCAGAGAACUUGGGAUAUCGAGGGGACUGCUUUCCCGAGAACUGUGACGAAAGCACGUGCUUUUUACGGCUUAACCAUUACCCUCCAUGCCCAUUCUUGCCGGAGACAUUUGGUCUGGUGCCUCACACCGAUAGCGACUUCCUCACAAUUCUCCAUCAGGAUCAGGUUGGUGGUCUGCAGCUGAUGAAGGAUUCCAAAUGGGUUGCUGUCAGACCCAACACAGAUGCUCUCAUAGUCAAUAUUGGAGAUCUCUUUCAGGCGUGGAGCAAUGAUGUGUACAGGAGUGUCGAGCACAAGGUAAUGGCCAAUGCGAAGACGGAGAGAUACUCCGUCGCAUAUUUCCUCUGCCCAUCACACGACUCGAUGAUAGGGAGUUGCGAAGAGGCUUCGCCUUAUAAGAAGUUCACAUUCGGCGAGUUCAGAAAGCAAGUGCAGGAAGAUGUCAAAAGAAAUGGACAGAAAGUGGGACUCUCGAGAUUUCUCCUAUAGUUCACUUCUCAGCUGCAUACAGUAAAUGUACACUUAAGGGAGGAGAUGAAAAAAAGGAGCAAUUCUUUCACAUGCACACCUGUAUUUUUGAUGUAACAGAUCAAGCAAAAGAUCGAUAAUCAUUUUUUUUAAUGAAAGUAACAAUACAGCCUGGAA